AACCAAUACACCACCCACUGAUAAAAAUGUCUCGACUCAUCAUCAAUCAAUUAUAAAACACAAACACACUUUUCCCCUCAAGAAUAUUUAAUUAUAUUCUUUUCUUUUUUUAAAAAUGUGACUAGUAUCUCUCGAUGAGAUAACAUUAUUUUAUGAUCAACUUCCGCUUGUAUUUUCAUAUAAUUCACUCCUUUUCACACCUUUCUAAUGAAUGAACCAACGGUGAUGAUCAAAUAUGCCCGAAUCAAUGAUCAAAACAAAAAGUCUAUCUAUCUCUCUCUCUUUCAGUCUUCAGCUUAACUCUCACUCUAACUCAACUACUUGCAAAUGUUGUUCUGUCCUCAUGUUCAUCAUUCAUGCAACUUGAAAUUAGUACUCUAAAAACCAAAACCAAACACAUUUUCCAUCUUUUCUUUUUUCCUUCUCUAUUUUAAAGCCCAUAUCUAAAAACCUUCACUAUAUCUUCUUCAACCUCCCCUUUUCUCUCUUUCACCUCCUCCUCCUCUUCUCUCUCUCUCUCUCUCUCACUUUCUCUCCCCCCCCCCUCUAGAUUUUUUCUGCUGGUAAGCUUUUCUUCUUUCUCCUUCUCCCUUUCUUCAAGUCUCAAUUCUCUCUAGUAUUCUCUCCCAACCCUUUUAAUUUCUCCAUUUCCACCCUUUUCAUUCUUAACUCUUUAGAAACUUUCUUAGAUCUCCAGUCCAUCAGCUCUACUAAUGUUGUUUGCUUUUUCAUAUUUCUUUUUUUUUUUUUUUUUUUUUUUGGUUUGGUUCUUUUCAACUUUUCAACUAUAUUUUUAGAUUUUAGUAACACUAUGACAGAGAUUUUCAUGGGGAAGAGAUUACGAAAUUAGUUAUAUUAUUUUUGGCCCCAAGCCAACGGACUCGGAGGAGAGAUCUAACGGUUCUUACUCUUUUGUCUUUUUCCAGUGUGAGGAUGGCAACCGUACAAGUGGAUGUGAUGGUUGACCAGACUUUGUUGCUAACGUGCACCGCUUUCCUCACCUCCGUUAUUACUCUGGUCAACGCUCAGCUUCUUUCUCUAGCUCAAAAUAUUGCAAUGUUGGCUGUGGCAAGUGAAGUUGUUGAUGCAGAGGGAGGAGGCGAAGGAGAUGGUGAUAAAGAAGCUGAGACCGGGAAUGGUGACGUCCAUGGUGAUGACGAGGAGCCCUCCCGCGAGGGUGAAGAAGGCCAUGCAAGCGACAGCAACGGUAAUGCAAAGAAAGGUUCCGAGGCGCCUGGUGGAGCUGAGGAGAAUGGAGAGGGAGAAGAUGACGAUAAUGAAGGCGGUGAUGGUCCUAACGAUGAUGGGGAUGAUGAUGAUGAUGAUGAUGAAGAGAGUGGCGAUGGAAAUGACAAUGAUGAUGAGGAUGAAGCAGAUGAGGAAGAAGUGGUUGAAGAUGAACCGGAAGAUGAUGAAGAGAAUGAGGAAGAGGAGACCAUCCAGCCACCAAAGAAGAGGAAGAAGUGAAGGCUGGAAGAAAUUUGUGAUCCCUCCUCCUUUGUCUUGAGAGGAUUUGUUUAACUCCAUGGAUCCUUAGGUUUCUUCUGUCCAUCUGUUAUAUGUAGUUUAAGAGGAACAAUCAGAACAUCUUCGUAUUCCUGCGCUUUAGAGUACCUUUUUUCAGAGCAUUAGCUGAUCGCGGAAAACAAUGUAUGAUGAAACAAAGCUCAUCGUAGUAGUUAAUCUCAGUUUAAUCUAAUUAUCUCAAUUUGCUAAUAAGGUUCCUUGGUUGCU